AUGGAAUUACACUCUGAGACCUCCAGCCCAACCACAUCCUGUUGGAAGCCAAACACAAUGCCAAGUUCUAGCAGAAUCUUGGACCAGUUUUCCUUUGACUGGUUGAGCGGGCUAGAGAGUUGUGAGUCACAGGAGAAUGUCCUUCCCUCUGGGCAGCCGCAAGUGGAGGCCACAGCCUCCAACUGGAGUACUAGGCAGGGCUGUAAGAGAGUGGCUGACAGGAUAGUCACCAUUCUUCCCAGACCCUGCUGCAGUGUGAAGCGUGGGAUUUCUCAGAGAUGGGUGAUCAUGACAGGCAGGAACGCAGACAGGCAGGGAGGAAGUAAGGCAGGCCUUAGGAGGUACAGUCAACAUACUAUCAUGAUCACCAUUCGCUCAGAAAUCCCAGGCUACAAUAAAGAGCACUUCAUGGACUCUCUGAACAUAUCUGUGAAGCUGCACCCUUUUCUGAAGAACAUCAAAUUUCAGAAUCCUGCUGGAGAUCAGGUGAUUUUAGAUGACAAAAGCAAAUUGGAGGCAGGGUAUGACAUUGUGAACAUUUGGAAUUUUCCAGAAGGUCUUGAUCUUCAGGUGAAAAUAGGAAAGUUUUCUCCAUUUGCUCUACAUGAUCAUCAAUUGUCUUUAUCUGAAGAUAUGGUAGAAUGGGCCAUAGGAACUACAGAGCCUCUUCAAUCUAUCUGCAGUAAGAGCUGUGGUCUUGGAUUCAGGAAAUCUCCUCAGGAGGGAAAGGCUGCCUGCUGCUUUGAUUGCAUUCCUUGUACAGAGAAUGAGAUGGCCAAUGGGACAGAUAUGGAACAGUGUGUGAAGUGUCCAGAUCAUCAAUAUGCCAACACAGAGAGAAACAAGUGCCUCCUAAAGGCUGCAAGUUUUCUGGCUUUUAGAGAGCCCUUGGGGAUGGCCUUGGCCUGUAUGGCUCUUGGUUUAUCUACACUCACAGCAAUUGUUCUUGGGGUUUUUGUGAAACAUCACAACACCCCCAUUGUCAAGGCUAAUAAUCAGGCUCUCAGCUAUAUCCUUCUCAUCUCCCUCGGCUUCUGUUUCCUCUGUUCCUUUCUCUUUAUUGGCCAUCCCAACACAGUCACUUGCAUUCUACAGCAAACCACAUUUGGAGUUGCAUUCACUGUAGCUGUUUCUGCUGUCUUGGCCAAAACUGUAACUGUGGUUCUGGCCUUCAAGGUCACUACUCCAGGGAGAAGGAUGAGGUGGCUGCUGGUGUCAGGGGCUCCUAACUUCAUCAUUCCCAUCUGCACUCUGAUCCAGGUAACUUUCUGUGGAAUCUGGCUGGGAACCUCUCCUCCCUUCAUUGACACAGACACACACUCUGAACAAGGCCACCUCAUCAUCGUGUGUAACAAGGGCUCCCUCACUGCUUUCUACUGUGUCUUGGGAUAUCUGGGCUCCCUGGCCCUGGCCAGCUUCACUAUGGCUUUCAUGGCCAGGAACCUGCCUGACACCUUCAAUGAAGCCAAGUUUUUGACCUUCAGCAUGGUGGUGUUCUGCAGUGUGUGGCUCAGCUUCCUGCCUGUCUACCACAGUGCCAAGGGCAAGGUCAUGGUGGCUGUGGAGGUCUUCUCCAUCUUGGCCUCCAGUACAGGGCUCCUGGGCUGCAUCUUUGUCCCCAAGUGCUACAUCAUCUUGUUAAGGCCAGAUAGAAAUUGUCUGCCUGGCUUCAGGGAUAAAAGACAUUGA